AUGGGUUUCUCGACGAUUGAGUUCGACAAGUACAAUCCUGCCUCGGAAAAGGCAAGCGAUGCCCGCCAGGACCUCGCCCACCUUGACUACUCCCCACUGAAGCGCAUCACGGGGCGGUCAUGGGCCAUGGGCAUUCUCAUUUCCAUGGGAGGCAUGGUUUUCGGAUAUGACACGGGUCAAAUUUCUGGCUUCCUCGAGAUGCCCGACUUCCUCCAGCGCUUCGGCGAAGCCGGCCCCGAUGGUACAUACCACUUCAGCAACGUCCGCUCCGGAUUGAUCGUCGGUCUCCUCUCCAUUGGCACACUCAUUGGUGCUCUGUGCGCCGCCCCCAUAGCCGACCGCUUCGGACGCCGCUACUCCAUCUCCUUCUGGUGCGUCGUCACCUCCGUCGGCUUCGUCAUUCAGAUCGCCGCCGAGAGAGCAUGGGAGCAAAUCAUGAUGGGCCGUUUCGUCGCCGGCUUCGGAGUCGGCGCCCUGAGCCUCAUCGUCCCGAUGUUCCAGGCAGAGACGGCUCCGCCAUGGAUUCGCGGUGCUCUCGUGUGCGCCUAUCAGCUCUUCAUUACUCUUGGCAUUUUCCUGGCCGCCUGCUUCAAUUACGGCACCGUCUCGCACCUCGAGCACAGCUCUGGCUCGUGGCGUAUCGUCAUCGGUCUCGGCUGGCUGUGGACCAUCAUCCUUGGUCUGGGCAUCCUGGCUUUUCCGGAAACACCUCGCUUCGACUAUCGCAUGGGCAACGUUGAGCGGGCAAAAAGCACACUCUGCCGCGUCUACGGCGCCCCCGAGAACCACUACAGCAUCCACAUUCAGCUCGAGGAGAUUGAGAGUAAGCUCCGUGCCGAGUCCAAGAUCAAGGGCAAUGCUGUCCAAGAGUUCACCGGCAUGUUCAAGGCACCCCGCAUGGCCUACCGCAUUGCCCUGGGUUGCGGUCUGCAAAUGUUCCAGCAGCUCACUGGUGCAAACUACUUCUUCUACUACGGUACCACCAUUUUCGCCUCCGUUAAUAUCAACUCCUUUAUCACGCAGAUCAUUCUCAACUCGAUCAACUUCGGCACCACCUUCAUUGGUCUCUACAUUGUUGAGCACUUUGGACGUCGCAAAUCGCUCAUCACAGGCUCCAUAUGGAUGUUCGUCUGCUUUUUGGUCUUCGCCUCCGUCGGCCACUUUAGUCUCGACCGGGUAAACCCCCAGAAUACUGUCGGCCCUGGAAUCAUCCUCAUCGUCUUCGCCUGCCUGUUCAUCCUGGGCUUUGCGACCACCUGGGGUCCUAUGGUCUGGACCAUCCAAGCCGAGCUCUUCCCGUCCCGCUACCGCGCUAAGGCUAUGGCCCUCUCAACAGCCAGUAACUGGAUAUGGAACUUCUGCAUCGGCUUCUUCUCUCCCUUCAUCACUGGGGCCAUCGACUUCCGUUACGGCUACGUCUUUGCCGGUUGUAACUUGGUCGGCGCCGCCAUUGUCUAUUUUUUCGUCAUUGAGGGCCAGGGCCGUACCCUCGAGGAAAUCGACACCAUGUAUCUGGAGCGCGUGACCGCCUGGAAGAGCACUCAAUGGGUGCCGCCUUCCGCCGAGGAGAUGAACCGCAUCCGCAAGCAGGCCGGUACGGAAUUGGACGCUAUCGAGAACGAGAACGCCAUGAGCAGCGAGAAGAGUAUGGAGCCAAAGGGAUCCAAUGGCGCUUCUCACCAAGAGAGGGUCUAA